GAUCUGAAAUAUUGCAAGGAGUUUUUGUGGUAUAAAUAUGUCACUAAUGUAAGAUAUUUAGAGACACAAAAGCAUUAGGGUUUGGGAGAAAAGGUCCAUAUCAAUGGAACACCAAUUAGGGUUUUGGAGAAAAGGUCCAUGGACUGCUGAAGAAGAUCGAUUGCUUGUUGAACAUGUCAAGUUGCAUGGCGAAGGGCGAUGGAAUUCUGUAUCGAGACUUGCUGGGCUGAAAAGGAAUGCAAAAAGUUGUAGGUUGAGGUGGGUGAACUACCUGAGGCCAGACCUAAAGAGAGGCAGGAUUACACCUCAUGAGGAAAGAAUUAUACUCGAGUUACAUGCUAGAUGGGGAAACAGGUGGUCGACAAUUGCAAGAAGCUUACCUGGACGAACUGAUAACGAGAUCAAGAACUACUGGAGAACCCAUUUUAAGAAUAAGGGGAAACCUACUUCUGAGGAUGCAAGAAAGCUAAAAGCGCGUCUACUAAAGCGAAAAAUGUUUCAACAAGAACAACAAAAGCGACUUCAGCUAGAAAAGAACGAGGAAGACAUGAAAAAGUUCAUGUUAAUGCUCGAGGAAAGUGACAACAAGGCAGUUUGGAGGCACCAAGAUAUGGUUCCUGAGGAUAUACAAAAUGUGUUGUAUCCGAUAAUGUUUAAUAAUCCUCAACAUAUGGUAGAAUCCACCAUAAAUGAGGAUUUUGUUUUGUGGGAUGGCUUGUGGAACAUGGAGGAUGUUCAUGAUGUCACAACCGAAGGUUGUGUGCAGAAUCUAGGCAUGUCUAUGCCUUUCUUUUGAUCAUCAUAAGUGGCCAAAUCAGCCACAUAAAUAAUUUUGUACCAGUAUUAUUUCCUUGAUGCAAGCUUAAGUUAAUGAAAUAAAAUUGAAUUAAGGUGACCAAAGUGAAUAAUAG